AUGGCGCCAGACGCGAACCAACGGACCAAGAGCCAGUGCGUGUACCACAUGGGUGCCCAACUGCGUCUCUACAGGAGCGUCUCCAGGAGCGAGAAUGCCGUCUCUCACAUGAAUGCUGUCAGUCAGGUCUACGUUGCCUCGAUCAUCAACGCAUCCAACCUCGAGCCCGAGAUGAAUCCGCACAACAAGUUCACAAUCAUUCACAGUUCCGUGCAUGGCAGCACCCCAGUCGAGUAUGUCACGGGAGUGCUGGGAGGCUGGAGCAAAGACCAGAGCUCGCCUUCCACAGAAUGGGAGAACCCCAUGCGAACCGACAAGUGGGGCGGCAUCGGCACACGCCACCAGUUCCUCAGGGACACGCAGUGCUUCAACAGCAUAUUCCCCCAGAGGAGCGGGACACCGCUGCGGAGCACAUGUGGACUUCCAACAGACAGGAAGACAUCCGAGGCGUAA